UUUGUAUUAGCUCCAUAUACUUUUGACUGACGUUAUUGAAAAUUGAAAUAUCAGUGCCAUAUUGAUAUGAGUUUUGACAGCAGACAGAUACUUAUUAACUUCUGCGAAGUGCGAAUAGGAAUAAACUUGAAAACUAUUUUUAUUUCACUAAUUUUAAUAAUUACCAUUAGCUUUGUAGUCCAGAAUCCAGAUAGAUUUUAUACACUAACGGCAUUUGAAUUAUCAUGAAAGUGAUAUGUCCAAAAUAGACAUUUAUUUCAUGUUUCAUCAAGUAUCUAAUUACUUUUAACACCUUAGAAUUGUUGUACACAUACAUUUUGAUUUUAAUUUAAUAUAUGAUUAUCCUAUAACUAGGACUUCUUUAUGGUUAUGGAGUCUAAUUGGAUCAAGGUGUCACCAAGUUUAAGCAAUGGUCUAACAGUGGUUAAUGCGUUAGAAGAAACAAAGUUUGAACAAUUUCUAAAACGAAUUGUUAUGAAAUUAAAAGCCCAAGAAACAGAUAAUAUUUUUAGUGAAGAUGAGAGAAGAAAGUUAGAAAAAAUCUUUAAAGUUGAAUCAGAUCAACUUUUAUUAGCAAUAAAAACUAUUAUUUACAUUUUUAAAAAGAUUUUCAAAUAUAUAUUUAUGCCAUGUGAUUUAAAAAUUGAUUUGACAAAUAUUGGUUUAAAAGGAGAAAAAGCAGAUAUAUUUGUAAAAAUAUGGUCAGCAGAAACAAAUAACACUCUCACUGAGUUGACUAAUAAAGGUGACCAGUUUGAUGAUGAUCCUGAUUUUUCUUGGAAAUUAAAUGCAGAAAUAAGCUCUAUUUAUCAUAAAAAAUGUAAAGUGCCAAAAGCUUACUUGAAAAUAAAUGGAGCCAGGAAUGACUUGGAGGUUGAGUUAACACACCCAGAACUUCAAUCAAUAUUUCUUCAAAUUGAAUCAAUACAAAAUGAAUUAGAUAAUUUAAUACUACCUUAAAAUUAGGUGUAAUUGAAAAUUUAAUAAGGUAUUAUAAAUGUCUAUUAGGUAGUUAGUGCCUUCAAUAUUAAUAUGUAUAUGAAAAUAAAUUAUAUUUUCAAUAA